AUGUCGGCAAAGCCAUUGUGGUACCGUUGGGCGAGGGUGUAUUUCGCCGGAAGUUGUAUCAUUGGAACUGGUGUUCUUUGUUUUAUCUAUACCACCCCCACUGAUGAACAGUUGAUUGCCAGUUUUUCACCAGAGAUCAGAGAAGACUAUGAGAAAAACAAGGCAUAUAGGCAAAGAGAACAACAGGAGUUGAUGGAGAUCGUCAAGAAGACAUCUCAGUCCGACGAACCUGUGUGGAAAACGGGUCCUAUCGGGUCUCCUUUGGAAAAGGAGCAGAGAAACUUAAACCAGCAGUUGAUUGACUACAAUCAAUUUGAAAAGAAGAGGGCAGAAGAAUACCAAAGAGAACAAAUAGACAAAGCACAAGAAGAACUCUUGGAAGUAGAGAAACUUGCAGCUCAGGCCAAGAAGGGAUACUGGUGGAAUCCAUUUUCUUCGAAGUGA